AUGGCUAUCGGUGCUUUCACAAAUAUGGCAUUCUUCUUCGGCGAUGCAGCCGUCAAAACAGGCUCUCAAAUUCUAGGAUCCUCAUGCGCAAUCUCCGUCUCGAUCAAUAUGUACUAUGCAACCCUGUACGCCUAUACAAUUGAGAUCUUACCUUCUGCACACCGCGAUACUAAAAAUGGCAUUGCGGUUGCGCUAAACCGCUUGAUGGGCAUGGUUUCUGCGCUUAUUGGGGCGUUCACGUUGACAUCCACUACGGUCCCUAUUUACGUAUGCGGUGAUCUUCUGAGAAUGUGUGGUUUUUUGACGAUUCUUUUCCCCUUGGAGUCGCGCGGAAGACAAAGUAUCUAG